AUGGAGGAUCGGAUCGCCGAGGAGAACCCGCAAGCCGCGGAGAACACCAUCCCCUACAAGGAGGGCAUCAUCAUGCGCAAGGAGAAGGGCAAAUGGCGCAACGUGUUCGCCAAGGCCAUGGACGGCUUCCUCGUGCUCUACGAGAACGAGGCCGCUUCCGAGCCGUUCGAGGUCAUCACGCUCGAGGGUACUUCGGUCGAGGCUCAGGGUACGGACAGCAUCCGCCUGUGGAGUCCGCUGCAGGCCUUCAUCGACUGCGAGUUUACGGUGCCCGACGAGGUGGCCAAAGCCGACGUGGCCGAGGAUAGUCGGCUCACUGAACUGCAGAAGUGGGGCGCGGUCAUGCAAUUUUGGGGGUGCCGAGGAUUCCUGCACACGGCCUACUCGCCGGUGCGCGAGCAGAUCAAUUGCAAGUGGUACAUCGACGGACGCGAUGCGUUUGCCGCCAUGUACCACGCCAUCCUCGGCGCCAAGCACACGAUCUUCAUCACCGAUUGGCGCUUGACCGUUAUUUACCGUGAAGAGAGCCACGUCGAGACACCAGGUGAGGUCUAUCUCAUGCGCCAGACGCCGUUUGAGGACUGUCACCGGGUGGACCAACUUCUGAAGAAAAAGGCGGAGCAAGGGGUCAAGAUCUACAUCCUCUUGUGGCGAGACCCGGCGCUGUUCACCGAAAACGGCUCACGCGAAGUGCAGAAGCUCCUCUGCCAGCUGCACGACAACAUCAAGGUGAUCCCGAUUGUCACCUGA